AGAUACAACCUGACGGGAUCAUCGGAGUUUGCGGUGCUUGGGGAGGCCUUUACAUGGACAUGUGAUAUGUUUGUACCACCUGGGUACACUUCAAAUGCUGUGAAGUUUUUCAGAGACAACAAAUUAUGCGUCGUUAUUGCAAACACAAAUGCAGCGUGUGCGACUCAAAGUGAUAACUGUGAAUACAGUUAUAAAUGUGUGUCGGAGUCAAUGUUCAGUUUAACUAUACCAGCAGAGAAUAUGACAGAGUAUGAAAAUGGAUCAAAAUGGCGAUGUGAUUAUGUGGUCAAUGUAGCUGGAAAUGCUAGCCCACAAAUCGUUCUUAAUAUAGCAAUUGAUGUCCAUAAUGUUUCCUUAAUCCCGAGUGACAAGCCACUGACAAUAAGCGAACAUAAAUUGAUUGAAGUCCUGUGUGAAGUCAACAGAAAUGCAUUCCCUGCUCCUCUAAUCACUUGGUAUCUUGAUUCUACUAUCAUCACAGCCAUAGAAGGAUCACAUGAAACCUCAAUUACUUUAGUUGGAAACAGAACAGACAACAUGAAGACGUUACUAUGUACAGCUUCAAACAUGAACAAAAGAACAGUGAACGCAAGCACAACACUGAAUGUAGAAUACCCUCCAAUAGUAAAUGCACUGUCUAAUCAAAACACAAUAGAAGGAGGAGACUUAACAGUCAACUGUACAGCCACCCCAGGGAAUCCUAGUGCUACCACGUUCUACUGGACCAAGGUAGACAACCAAGGUUUCAGACAGAAUGGCGCCAUCUUACAGUUAUACAACACACAGAGAACCAGUUCUGGUACAUACAAGUGUACAGCAGAAAACAACUACAGUAAUGGAAAGAAGGGGACACAUAGUCUGUUAAUGGUCAUCGAUGUUCUAUACCCACCAGUGGUAAAUGCGCUGUCUAAUCAAAACACAAUAGAAGGAGGAGGCUUAACAGUCAACUGUACAGCCACCCCAGGGAAUCCUAGUGCUACCACAUUCUACUGGACCAAGGUAGACAACCAAGGUUUCAGACAAAAUGGCGCCAUCUUACAGUUAUAUAACAUACAGAGAACCAGUUCUGGUACAUACAGAUGUACAGCAGAAAACAACUAUAGUAAUAAAGAGAAGGGAAUGCAUAGUCAGUCCAUGGUCAUCAAUGUUCUAUACCCUCCGACAGUUAAUGCACUGUCUCGACAAGACAUGAUAGAGGGAGGAAAUCUAUCAGUCGACUGCCUGGCCACACCUGGGAAUCCAAGCUCUACAACAUUCUACUGGACUAAGGAAGAUGACCCAGAGUUCAGACAGAACGGAUCCAUUAUACAGUUAUAUACAAUACAACGGAACAGUUCUGGUACUUUCAAAUGUACAGCAGAAAAUGUGUACUAUGAUGAGGAGAAGGGAAUACACAGACGUACCAUGGUCAUAAAUGUCCAAUACCCACCAGUGGUAAAUGUGCUGUCUAAUCAAAAUAUAAUAGAAGGAGGAGACUUAACAGUCAACUGUACAGCCACCCCAGGGAAUCCUACUGCUACCACGUUCUACUGGACCAAGGUAAAUAACCCAGAAUUCAGACAGAAUGGUUCCACCUUACAGUUAUACAACACACAGAGAACCAGUUCUGGUACAUACAGAUGUACAGCAGAAAACAUCUUUAUGAAUGGAGAGAGGGGGACAGACAGUCAGUCUUUCGUCGCCAGUGUACGAUAUACAUCUGACCCGGGGGUCGCUGUGGUUGCAGGAAGUGUAGGAGGGACUAUAACAGUAAUUGUUAUUGUCAUCUUCACAGUGAUUCUUGUUUACCGAAGAUAUUAUUCUCACUCCGAGCAACAGAAAAAAGACAAGAAUACGAUUGUCACAACAAAUGAGGGCACAUCUAAUUACACAACCCUAGAAGGACAUGAAAGCAGAGAACGAAAUGAAUAUGAUAAAUUGGAAAAAAGCAAAGCUACCAACCGCUACGCAGAUAUUUUAUCAACCGAAAAUAAAGAAAAGAAUACAAUUACAUAUGAAAAUUUGCAAAGACCUGUUGAUGCGAAAGUUACCGAGUAUUACAACUUGCAGAACAUGGAUGGGGAAUGCGUUUUUAAGAUAUCCUUGGAGGAACCGGGCGGUCAUUUUUACGAAAACACGUUUUAAUAAGUUAUCUGUGUCUUAUGCAAAUGUUUUCUUAAAACAGAUGUAAUUUGUAUUCUAACUGGUAUUCUUAUAUUAUAUCAUAUAAUAUUCUCCAAUUGAUUUUACAGUUUAUUAAACAAUACUAGCAUAAAAAAUAUGAACUAAUUAUUCUUUUUUUUCAUUUAUGUUAUUUUCAUACAUUAUAGAUCGAUUUUGCAAUGUAUAUUCCCAUACAUUUAUCAAUUACUGUUUUUAUGAAUUUU